UGGAAAGGACGUCUGUCCAUGGGGUAUAAAUUCUUCGAGCCGUUGGUUGAUGAGUCGCAGUCCCCACCGGAAGCGCCUCGGAGAAGGAUCAAAUAAAUUGACAGCGAAGCUGACACAAGUGGAUUUCAAUUGGGUGAAAAGUGCAGUAGAAUAAAUUCCCCAAAAAUGCGCAACAUUCUGUCCACGCUGGUGAUCGCCUCACUGAUGGUGAUCUUCUCCGACGCCCAGACGUUCCAGUACUCGCGCGGAUGGACCAACGGCAAACGUACGGCCCCAACGGAACCGCUGGCCCUCGCCAACUCGGCCCUGCUUCCGUCCCACUUCCCAUCGUCAUCCGGACUGGAUAAACCCAGCGACAAGCUAUUGCUGCAGCGCCUACUGAAGUCCCCGUAUGACGUCAGGCUGGUGGCCGCACUGGUCGCGCGGAACAAGGACCUGUUGCAGCAGAUUUUGGCCGCCAGCGAUCUGGACUUGUCCGGAUCGGGAGGGUUGUUUGACGGUGCAAACGGGGCGCUUGAUGGCAGUGCUGCCAGCGAUGAGGGGCGUUACAAGCGUGACACGAGAGGGCGGUUUUAAGUGGGGCGUCCUAGAAAAGGGAAAUUAUGGAUGGUGAUGGUGCGACCGUUGCUGGGGUACAAAAUGGGAAACGUAAUUACGAACAAAUUGACAACGAUAACGCUCCGUUCUGAACGGGCUGGCUGGUUUAUGGUUGUUUAUUUAUCUCUAUGUGGGGCAGUUAACCAUAACGUAGCGUGA